CGCGCGGCCAUGGCGGGAGCGGGAGUGUACAGCCACGCGCUGGUGCGGGGGAUCCCGGAGUCGUUGGCGGGCGGAGCGCUGCGGCGGAGCGGCGAGGGGAGCGGGGUGGACACCGCCCGCGCCCGGGAGGAGCACCGGCUCUACGUGAAGGCGCUGCGGGUCCAGCUCGGUCUCGUCGUCACCGAGCUGCCGGCAGACGAGGCGCUUCCCGACUGCGUGUUCGUGGAGGACGCGGCCGUGGUGUGCGGCGGCACCGCGCUCAUCGCCCGGCCCGGGGCGCCCAGCCGCCGGGGAGAGGUGACCGCUAUAAAGAAAGUCCUGUCCGACCUCGGACUCAAGAUUGUGGAGAUGACGGACGAGACGGCCACUCUCGACGGUGGGGACAUCCUCUUCACAGGUAAAGAAUUCUUUGUGGGACUUUCGGAAAGAACCAACCAGCGCGGAGCGGAGAUUCUGGCCAAUGUCUUCAAGGACUACGCCGUCUCGAAGGUCUCUGUGUCAGGGGCUCUGCACCUGAAGAGUUUCUGCACCAUGGCGGGCCCGGAGCUGAUCGCCAUCGGCUCCAGCGACCAAGCACAGAAAACCCUCAUGAACAUGCAGGAGAUGAGCGAACACCGUUAUGAGAAACUCACGCUGCCUGACGACAUGGCUGCCAACUGCGUGUAUCUCAACAUUCCCACCAAGGGCCACGUCCUUCUGCACCGCACCGCUGAGGAGUUCCCCGACAGCGCCAAGGAGUUUGGGAAACUGAAGGACUACCUGCUGAUUCCAGUCUGCAACACGGAGCUGGCCAAGGUUGAUGGCGGCCUCACUUGCUGCUCCAUUCUCUUCAACAAAGCCGUUUGAAAGAUAAAGAGGCUGCAACCUUUGAUUGCCAGCCACGUGAUUACGAUCUAGCUGAGUCUUCCCAGGAUUGUGCUGCUGUCUGUGAUUGCUUCUGAUUCCUGCCUUUCCUUGUGUAUCAUGGGUUUAACACAAGUCACGCAGUCCCUGAUUGCCAUCUAGUGAUGAAAACCAUGUAUCACUUCUCUGUCAACCAACCUCUGCAAAAUAAGGAGUAGAUAUUGUAUUCAUUUUUUGUAGAGAUAAUUAAUAUUGAUAUAGUUUAUACACUGAUUAUACAAUGAUGUCAUUUAUACACUGAUUUGGUUUAUUCACUGAUUUAGUCUAUACAUUGAUUUAUCUGGUGGGUUUUGAUUCUAUCGACUGUUGUUUCUGUGGACGGCCUCUUUGAUUUUCUACAAGGCACCAGUCACCACCCGCAUGCCACCUUGUUCCCGUGCGUCUUUCAUUCCAUUAGAGAUGGAAAUGUCCAAGACUGGAGGCCACAGCUUUAAGUUGAGAGGGGCAAAGUUUAAAGGAGAUGUGCAGGGCAAGUUUUUUACACGGUGGGUGCCUGGAACGCGCUGCCAGGGGUGGUGGUGGAGGCAGAUACGAGAGUGGUGUUUAAGAGGCUGUUAGACAAGUACGUGGAUAUGCAGGGAGUGGAGGGAUGUGAAUCACGUGCAGGCAGAGGAGAUUAGUUUAACUUGGCAUCAUGUACAGCAUGGACAUUGUGGGCCGAAGGGCCUGUUCCUGUACGGUACUGUUCUGUGUUGUAGAGUCAUACACUGAAGUCAUGGAAAGAUCAGUUGCCAAGUCCAGUCUCUGUCGUUAUCAGACCAUCAUGAACUCCAAAGUACUAUUUUGUUAAGUUGCUCGAGCCUUUUUGCACAGUCUCAUGGCAAAGAUGUCCAUGCAUGAAUCUUGGCCACAGAAACAUACCAGCAAGCAUCAUCAUUCCCAUUCCUUACCAAUUGAUUGAAUGUGCUUUUCACCAAAUGCAUUUGCUUUACGCUAAUUAAAUAAAAAUCAUUGUCAAAGCUGCA